CAAAACGUCAACCAAUUGGUGCUGCAAUGGCGGAAAUCUCAGAUUCUCCAUCAAACUCAAAACCCGCAGAUGAAAACCCACAAACCCAGAUUUCUGAAUUUGACCCGAAAACCAUGCGAAACACUAAACCCGGUGUCAAACGCCUCGUCCUCAGCAUCACUGUGCUCAUCUCAUUCAUCCUAGGUUUCCCACUUCUCUGGAAAUCCAUCGAAAUCUACCGUGCCCCGCUCCCCUUCGAACGAAUCGAGUCCUUUUCAUCACAACUCGAAUCGAAUCCACUAUUCUUCCCGUGCCAAUUUCAAGCCAUAUUCGUUAAUUUUGAUUUCAAGUUUUCUCAUGGCGAGGUCGGGGCAGCAAUUAGGAGGAAAAUGUUAGAACUGAACCCUGGCGAUUCGCGGUGCGGCGGCGAUUGCGGCGGAAAUUACUCCGUCUCCGUCGUCCUGGAUUGGGGCUCCGAAGUUAACGCGGCUGAUUUUGGCGGGAAGUUGAGGGGCAGCGACGAAGAUGCUGAUGAAUUGCUGAAGAAUGUGCUGAGUGAGUAUGGUGGAGGGAAGGUGUAUAGUGUUGUGGUGGUGAAUGGAGAGGAGGAGGUGAGGGCUGUGGUGGGGAAGUAUCGGCACGCGUGGAUUCUCGGGCGGGUUUCGGAGGAGGAGGCAGUGUUGAGUGUGGCUGAGAUCUUUGCUAAGGUGUUUGUUAAUGGUGGGAAUGAAGUCGGUGCGAUUCGCGGCGAGUUUAUGCCUGUUGGUGCUGAUGGGAAGAUUGUUCUUUCUUUCAGUUUGCUCAAUGCAGACCCUCGAGAUUGGAUAUAUGAUUGGAAUUUUCAUGAAAUUGAUGAGACUUUGUUGCAACCUGUCAUUAAGGCUUUGCAACCUAUAGCAAACAUCACUGUCGAAAGCCAGGUUUUGUACCACACACCAAAGUCUUCGUUUUCUUACUGGGAUGAUGAGCAUAGCAGCCAUAUAUUUAGUACCAAGGAUCUUCCUUUCUUUGUGAAUUCAAAUGAGUGGCACUUGGAUACUUCAAUUGCAGCAGGUGGGAGGUCAAAAGUAUUGCAACUUGCGGUAUAUAUACCAUCUGCGAAGGAGUGUCCUCUUCAGCUGGAGCUUCCAAAUGGAGAGAUCUCUAAGACUAAUGGCUUUAUAUCACCAAUGUGGGGAGGUGUUGUUGUAUGGAAUCCCCAUAGCUGUAUAAAGGAUUUUGAAAGUAAGGAUCCAGUGAGACAUAUGAUUUCUCCCCAGGAUCUCCAGAAGCUUUUUGAAGUUCUCAUGGGGCAGCUGCGGCAACUCCUUGGUCUGAAGUCUGAUAACCUUUACGUUGGUGAGUCAGGCACAUUCAUUCUCCUAGGGAGUAAAAGAGGUUUCACGGAAUGGGAGUUGGAUGUUUUGUCACGGAAGCACAUAUGCUUUAAUCUCCUUUCAUGUGCUACAACGCUUGGAUCUCUUUCUAGAUUGGUACAAUCAUUACCUAGGAUGAUUAUCAUGGAUGAAAUUGGAAAGCAGGUGAAGUUUUCUUUAGAGGCUGCAAAAUUUGCUCAAAGUAAUGCUUCUGUUGGAAUAUAUGAUGCUUCAGCUGUAUCAUCAAGGGAAUCAAGAUCUCUGGCAGAGGAUGCCUUUUUUCAUCCUUCAAUUAUGUCCAUCAGCUAUUAUUCGUUUGAGCAUUGUUUUGCCAUCUAUUCGCCAUUUUUUCUACCAGUCUCAAUGCAUGUCCUCCUAGCUGCUUUAAGAGAAUGGAAAAGAUACAAGCAAGAGAAUAGAAAGUACUUGGCAGGGAAGGCCAAAGCAAAAGUUACAUCUUAAUCCCCGUGACCUGAGAUGACUGGAUAGUUUCCAGGUAGUUGAGGUUUAGUGUGUGGUGAAGCACUUCCUCUCUCUCCCCAAUACCUCCUUCAUUGUGAAUUUUGGUGAAAAAUGACCAUUUUGACACGAUCCUUAAGGGACAUAAAUAAUUGGAACAAGACAAUGUUGACCCGGCGGCUCUUGGUUGUACCAUAGUUAUGAGUAAAUUGAGGGGAAAAAUGCACUUUACAAAAAUUCUGGAAUGUAUCUCAUUGUAUAAUCUAUGAAUGUAUCUAUAUCCAGUCUCAUUCUCCCAUCCUCUAAAACCCAUUGUGAAUGAAAGUGACGCCAUUGACUAGAUUUGUUGAAUUGUGC